AUGGAUAAGUUAGUUAAAGUUGCCAUUGUUGGUGCUGGUGUAUCAGGAUUAAAAGCAGCUGAAACUUUGAUAUCAUCUGGAAAGAUAGGUAAAGAAGAGAUCGUUGUCCUCGAAGCACAAGAUCAUGUAGGUGGUCGUAUCCAAGACUCAAAUAUUGACCAAUCCAAACUUGAAAUUGCAUAUGCUCUUGGAGCCAUGUGGUAUCACGACUCAUUAGUGAAUAGCAUACUAUAUGAGUUACUCGAGUCGGGGUUGUUGAAAGAUGACGAUGUUUACUGUGACGACAAAGAUGGUCCAACGUAUACAAGCGAUGGACUCUUGGAUAUGUCAGGCUUGCAAAUAAAUAGGGUAAUGGAAGAAGCGGGCCAAUUUUUGCAGUUGUAUUUCAAAUCUAAUCGGCCAGAUGCAUCGUGUGAUGAAGUUGUUAAGGAAUACGUCAACGCACACCUGCAUUUUCUUACGCAAGAACAAAAUCAGUACAUCCGAAGAGCGAUGAGAUAUUUUGAGCUUUGGUACGGAGUACCUGCCGAGAAAGCAAAUGGGAAAAUGGCGAUGGAGAGCCACCAGGGUCGUAAUUUGUUGAAUAAAAAGGGUUACACAUUUCUCAUCGACAUAUUGAAAAGCAAGAUCCCCAAGUCAUGUAUCCUUUUGAGCCAGCCAGUGAAAUCAAUUACACAGCUCGAAAAUUCCUCAAAGAAAAUAGAGGUGGAGACAAAAUCGGGGUUGAAAGUUACUGCAGAAUAUUUAAUAGUCACAGUACCCUUGUCAAUUUUGAAAUUGAACGAAACUCAUGACUAUGGAAUUAAAUGGAAUCCUCCAUUACCAUCUCCAACUCGAAAUUUCAUAAAUACCAUAGACUUUGCUGCUCUAGGUAAGGUAAUUUUCGAAUUCAAUAGUGUAUGGUGGGAUCCAAAUGAGGAUCACUUCCUAAUAAUUCCGGACGAAAUUGACUCUAAUGAUUGGUUUAAUUCCGAUGGUUCACCAAAACCUUUUUCGUUUCCUGCAUUGGCUAUCAACUUUUCCAAAAUUUACAACAGGGGAGCCAGUUUGGUGGUUCUCACUCCAGCACCCUUGACUGAUUAUCUUGAGUCAUAUCCGGAUCAAUCUUGGACUUAUUUCAAACCCAUGCUUGAAAAGAUCUCAAUUAAGCCAAUGGAAGAUCCCAUAAGCACAAUAACUUCCCAUUGGACUACCAACCCAUAUAUUAGAGGUUCAUAUAGUGUGUUGCUUACAAAAACGGAUGCUGAAAACACAAGUCCAGAUAAGCUAGAGGGUUUGAAACUUGGGAAUGAUGUUAUUAGGUUCGCAGGAGAGCACACCAUUGCCGAGGGUGCUGGAUGUGUGCAUGGUGCUUACGAUAGUGGAAAAAGAGAAGCUGCUUAUAUUUUAAAUGAGUUGGAGAAAAAAUAG